UUGGAAAGCGAGCGGCCGGAUAAAACAAAAGCACCUACAAAAUGGUGCUUUUUGGCAAGAAAAAAGAAAAGGAUAGCUCUUCCGACAGAAACAACAUGUCUCUGGUGCCGCAGGAUCCGCGGACUCGCGUCAAUACCACUAGCGCGGCCACAGAAACCACCCAUACAACUGUGCAAAACUCUACCAUUAUCAACAAGAACAACAACACCGCCACUUAUCUUUCCCAACGUCAGACGGUGACGCAUACGCGUCAGGAACGAGUAAUGCAAAUAGAUACGCGGCGCACUCCAACUCAGGCCGAAUUGAUCGAAAUGUUUGGGAAAAUAAAUACGAACAACGGCAAUAAAAUGCCACCAGGCACCUCAAGAACUACCACCGUAACAACGACACGCGGACGUCCUAGCACACUAAAUAGCUUAGCGCCCAGUUCGAUUACCAGCUUUAGGCAUAGCAGCAAAGGUAUUGCCUCCAGUCCACAUUCACCGUGCUCGGCUAAUUAUGAUUUUAGAAUACCCAGUUCGUUAUUCGCUGAUAAGCAGAGCAACAGCACGCUGGUAAAAGUAAUAGAGUCGAGCGUGGAAGAAAAAAGUGGAAGUCGAGUAACGCAACAGGUGGAAAGGAUUCGCCUACAGUCGCGGCAGGUACCAAAGAGUACAUGGCCACCGACAAAUCCAACAUCAACAGGUGCACCACGUGCAAAGACCACAACCGGUGGGACAAGCUCCACUACAGAAUCCUAUAUAUCGCCCUAUAAUGGAAAACUGCGUUCCAUUGGCUAUUCACCAUCCACAAUAACAUCAAAUAGACCGCAAACACAAGGGCCUAGCAGCAACUCUAGCACUGGCGCCAUUCCCAAACAUUCAACUGUCUUAGAUGCCAAGGGCAUUUCCAAUCCAAAGCCAGUACCGACACUAGUAAAAAUGACGCCGCCUACUUCUAAGUCGAAGCUAAAGCCUGCCCUUGUCUAUAUUUUCAAUCAUGAGAAGUUCGAUACUAAAAAAAAUGAGGACCGGAAAGGCACAAAUGUGGACAUGGAAGCAUUGCGAUCUGCAUUUGAAAAGUUCAACUGCAAAGUGGAGGAAAUAAAAAAUGCUACGGUCCAAACGGUUCACAGUACUGCCCAAAAGCUUGAAGUGUACGACUUUAGGUCGCGUUCGGCAUUGGUAAUUGUUAUAUUGAGCCAUGGUACUCGCCACGGCAUUAUCGCCGCCAAAAACGGAGAUUACUCUAUAGAUGACUCAAUAUUAUUUCCUAUUCUUCGCAACCAGACGCUAAAAGAUAAGCCCAAGAUGUUCUUUAUCCAGGCAUGCAAGGGUGACAUGGAGCAGGCAGGAUUUCAUACCGAUGCCGCUCGUCCUCAUGGUAGCCCCAACGAAAUAUUAAAGUGUUAUAGCACCUUCGAGGGCUAUGUGUCGUAUCGCACGGAUGAGGGUUCGCCAUUCAUACAAACAUUUUGCGAUACCCUGAAGAAAUUGGGCGCGUCUAUCGAUAUUACGGCUAUCAUGGAUCAGGUGCGCAUUUUGGUCAAGGCGUACACAAAAGACAGUCAAAUACCAUCAGUCACGAGUACAUUGACGCAGAAAUAUGUUUUUGGACAUUAUUGAAGUAGCAUGUUGUAUACCAACCGAUUUGUCCUUUUUUCUGUUGUGCCUUUGAGACUGUUAUAUGUAUACGUAGAAUUUCUAUAAAUUAGAGUAAACUUCCAAUAAUUUGACAAAUUGUG